AUGCCACAUGGAAAGCGAGGCAAGCCAGCAGCAAUGGGGUGGUGUUCGUUGUGUGGUGUGUGCUGUGGCCUUGUGGUCAUGCUCAAUCUCAUGUACCCUGCUUCACAAUUGCGUGCCAUAAAGUACCCCUUUGUUCACAGCGUAGAAGGUGAGGAAGGCCAGCACAAUAAGGUCUUUUCUCUUGAUACACAUGUGCCUUGCGUUUUUCCACUUGGCUGCUUGGCAGUGACCCCUACUACCCGUAAACUACAUGGGGCACGUCCUUCUGGGACUUGGAAGGAGAGCUUGCAGAGAACAGCAGUUGCGCAACAGGACAUCCUGAGAGAAACCAGUGUUGGAUGCAAGAUAGGAAUGGGACUCUAA